UUGAGGCGUGAUAGGGCGAAUGUUUUGAUCUGUCACACUUACUAUUUGUUAUGGCUGACUGAGGUGAAAGUGUGUUUUUAAAACAAGACAGCCCGCAAACACACAUCCUGGCUUACGCUGUGUUUGGGGUACAUGCCUGUUGAGGAUGGGUAACUGUCUAAAGUCACCGAAUACGGACGACAUAUCUUUAUUGCGAGGAAGUGAUAGUCAAGAUGGCUCUGACCCAGGCCUUGGUCCCCCACCACCUUACCAGGAGAGUGUUCCAAUCUAUCAUCCGUCUCCCAACAUAAGUCGUCCAGCCAAUCAGUUAACAGAAGAGGAACAAAUAAAAAUAGCUCAGAGGCUUGGUUUAAUAAACCACCUUCCAACUGGGAUAUAUGAUGGAAGCAAUAAGAAAGCAAAGGAAUGUGUGAUAUGCAUGGGAGAUUUUCUACUGGGAGACAUGUUGCGAUUUUUGCCAUGUAUGCACACAUAUCACAAAGAGUGUAUUGAUGACUGGUUAAUGCGGUCAUUUACAUGUCCUUCCUGCAUGGAGCCUGUAGAUGCUGCUCUUCUUACAACCUAUGAGACAAGUUGAUUGACUGGUAGUUGUAGGAAUACUGAACCAGCCAGUCGGUGCUAAGAUAAGCAAGCCUACCUUCAACAUAAUUUCUGUGGCUAACCUGGACUUUACCAGUCGUCAGUUUGAAACAGUGUAAAUGGAACUGGUGAAGUGUCAACAUUCGACCCAUUGGAACAGUUGAACACAGAGUUAUAUUGGAGACCUCUCCCUCAGUGUGGAGUCUGUGUAUAAAUGUUGACAUACUUACACAGGGCAUAUUUCUUCACAUUUUCAUUGAAAGUUCAAUUUACAAAAGUAAUCCUUGAUCAAAUAUAUAUUUAACAUGUUUCAGCUAUGCAUUCACAGGUGUUUAAGAGCAACAAAGCAACUUUACAGACUUAAAAUUAAAUACUUUAGAUGUUUAAUCAUAAAUGCUUGACCAAAAAUACUUUCUAAAUUGGUUUGUGACAGAUCAUAAUAAAUAAAAUUGUCCCCCCAAAAUAUGGUUAAAACAAGUACCCUGUGUUUGACGUGCUGUGCAGUUUCAAUGAUCAAACUGUCUUCCUUUUUCUGCCUCAGACUUUUCAGUCAAAUUUUGGCCCUUUUCUGUUUGCUCAUCUGUUUGAUUAUCUUGUCCACAACUUAUGUCUUAUUAGCAACAACACUAAAGACUCCUUCAGUUGUACACUCAAAGGAUUAUCCCAGACAGACAUUCAUUGUGCAACAUAGGACUGAGGGCAGUAGGAGGUUUACGGUACUCGAACACGAUGUUGGUCAUAACAAUUUACACGACAAUCUAUGCAAUAUUAUUUUCUUUGUAGGAGGUAAGAGUGAUUGAUAUAAAAAGGCAGAAACAGUAUAUGUAUAUGUAGCAGCUAAAUAUCACAUGAUAUAUUUGGAAUUUCACUUUCUCAAUAAAGUAUAGAUUCUAGUACUUUUGGGGGUUGAGUCCCAUUUGGGACUCGAACCCAUACUCUCAGAGUCAGGAACUCAUUGCCAGCACACAAAGUCUGUGAUCUAACUCGCUGAGUGGGUUUGAUCGCUGGCUUUGCUGGAGAUUAGGGGCCUGACCCUGAGAGUAUGGGACUAUGUGACACCCCAAACAGUACUGGAAUUUGUUACUUAGUGAUAAAGUGAAAUCAUAAAUAUAACCUGUUACAUUUGACCGCCUUCUAAAUGGUAUUGUGUAUUCUAAGAUAAAUAAGCUCAGCAAAUAAGUCUACAUAUUGGUAAAUUAAAAGAUAAAAUAGGUUUGUUUUGGAAGUCAAUUAUAGAGCAUGUGAUUUCAGCACUUUCAAUCACUUUUAAAUAUUUUCUUUUGGAAAUUGACUAUAUGUUUUGUAAGAAAAUUGAUUUGCACAACAAUACUGCAAUCUUUAUUUGUUUUUAGAUAUAUCCUGUAGUAGAAAUACACAUAUUACUUAGUGAGCUUUAUGGAGGUAAAUAAAUGGUGUUGAUCUAUGAUAUAGGAUAUUUUCCAUCCCCAAGCACACAAGCAUGGUAAACUCUUUAUCAAAUGAUAUUAUUCCUAAAUUCUUCCUUUGAAA